UGAAGCAGCGCAGCAGAAGGAUCGGAUCGAACCAGCUUUUUUUCGUCAGCCAGUCCUCUGCCAUUUUAAGGCAAGUGAGCAGCCCACCAGACCCUUGGAGUGGAUCGAACCAGCUUUUUUUCGUCAGCCAGUCCUCGGCCAUCUUAAGGCAAGUGAGCAGCGCAGCGGAACGGAAUCUAUAUUUUGGAUUGGAACUUUUUUGUCAGUCAUGAACCGCUUCAGCCCGUACAAAGUACGGUACAUAAGAGAAGACAUCUACAUGGUUGAUGGCGGUUGGUUGGCAUCACCAUGGAUGAUGGACUCAUCAUUCCCGUUCCCACCCGUCAUGGGCCCGUGGGCGCCUACCAUGGGCCAAGUGGCACACGUGUUGCCGCAGUGGACACCACAAGCACUGUGGCCACAACCACUUCAAGGAUUGUGGCCACAACCGCCACAAGCAAUGUGGCCACAACCGCCACAAGCAAUGUGGCCCUAUCAACAGGUUCCGCUGCCUGGGCCCGUCGCACCGUACCAGCCCCCAGAGCCGUUCGCAGCUGCACGUAUGGCCCAAAUGCCACCGCCGCAACAGCAGGCAGCACCGGUGCAAUACCGGUCCAUGCCAGCCCCACGAGUAUCAGCCCAAGAACCGCCGCCGCCGCAAGAACAAUAUCAGCCACCGGUGCAGUACCGAGCCAUGCCGGCACAAAUGCCAGCCCAAGGACCGCCGCCGCAGCAACAACUUCAGCCACUGGUACAACAGCAGGCAGCACCGGUGCAAUACCGGUCCAUGCCAGCCCCACGAGUAUCAGCCCAAGAACCGCCGCCGCCGCAAGAACAAUAUCAGCCACCGGUGCAGUACCGAGCCAUGCCGGCACAAAUGCCAGCCCAACGACCGCUGCCCCAGGAACAUCCGGUUCCCGUCCAAGCGCAAGAAUAUCUUCAACAACAGCAACCAGCACCGGUUCAGCAACGAACCAUGCCGGCACAAGCACCUCGAGCACCGUCCCAAGGACCGCCGCCCCAAGAUCAACCGGUUCCCAUACAUGCACUUCAACAUCCGACAAUACGGCCCCAUGUCACCGCUGUUCAGCGCCCGGCUCCGUUCCCGAAUGGCCACUCCCAAUGGUCGAUGCCACCACCGGGGUAUGGUCGAACAUAUGCCCAGGUCCUGGCAGGACAGCCGCUUCUGAGAGGACGAUCAAUUAGUCGGCAGCGCUAUGACCGUCAACAGCCGCGUCAACAAUUUCAGCAACAACACCAGCAACAACCACGCCAGCAACAACCUCCGCCACGUCCGCAACAACAGCAAAAUCAACAGCCAAAACAGGUACAACCCCAAGAACCGCAGCAGACACAACCCCAAUCUCAGCAACAGCAAACCGAUCAACAGCCAAAGCAGGUACAUCCCCAAGAGCCGCAGCAGACGCAACCCCAAUCUCAGCAACAGCAACACGAUCAACAGCCAAAGCAGGUACAGCCCCAAGAACCGCAGCAGACGCAACCCCAAUCUCAGCAACAGCAGAAUCACCAACAGCAUUUGCCACAACCUGAUCAACAACAACCUUCAACUUCUGGAACACAAACACAACUAACACCGCCUGUGGACAAUUCCAAAGAAAAAUCCACCCCUAAGACACCCAAGACACCGAAAAACCCAAAGAAACAAUGAAUUCCCCGACAAUACCAGCUUUGGCAACAUCAAACUGAAUAAAAAUAAAUU